AUGUCCUGGCGUUCCCCCAAACGCCUCCCCUUUCUCGCCCCUAUCGACACGCGCGAUGGGAUCCCUCUUCAGCACCGAGGCCACCAGCGUGUACCCUCUCGUGCUUCAGCCGAGUACGACUACGACGCCGAGGCCCAGAACAGCCAGCGCUCCAUACCCAAGGGUGCUCCCGGACUGGCGCGAAAGAAGACGUUGGUAAAGCCCGAAAGAGAAGUGGUGGACCCCAACCACAGGCUGAGGCAUUACCGGGAGCAUGCGGUGGAGGAUCAUAUGGAUAUCCAGGCUAGUGCCACCGGCAACCGACCCGCCCCAGUCACCUUUAGCAAUUCUCUCCAGCGCGGCAAGUCUCUUCUGAUUCGCGAGCUUGCCGAAAACCACAAUGCCGACUACAUACCCAAAGAAGGCAAAGACCACCCACCCCUCUGCUGCCUCGGCGACAUUGCCCCCGGCCCCAAAGACUGCUGGAUGAUCUACUGCUAUAUCAUCACUCUCUGGAUCCCCGUCUUUGUCAUCCGCAAGGUGUUUAAGCGUGUCGACGCUGAGGGUAUCCGGGCGUUCCGGGAAAAGAUGGGAAUCGUGGCGAUCCUUUCCAGUUUGAUGGCUAUCGUCGGCUUUGUCACGUUCGGAUUCACCCAGACUGUUUGUGGUGAUAAUGCGCUUCGUAUAUCCGGUGGACAGGCCAACCUUGGAUCCCUCGUCAUCAACGGGUACGACUAUGACUUUUCCACGUGGCGUCACCCCGAAGCUGGCUCGCUUUUCAAUGGGUCUACCAGUCCGCUCUGGAUGGACCAGUACAAUGCCGGUGGGAUGGACGCCAGUUUCCUUUUUCAAAAAGUCAACCAGCAUUGCUUGGGCAUCAUCACUCCCGCCGAGGGGACCCGUAUCACGACGAAUGGCGACAACAUGGGCUGGUACUUUGCUUGCAAUCUUCACGACCAGAAUGAUACUUCUGUCGCAAACACUACCAAUUACGGCUCCGACUACAACUGCCACCCCUCGCAAAAGGCUAGAGACGCGUUUGACGCUGUCGUGCCCACGGCCAAGAUAUUUUACACUUGGGACAGAGUGGCGGAUACCGAGGUCAACCUUGCGGCUUACAAGAGUUCGAUCCUCGACUUUAACCUCCUUCGAGGCCUUGACAGCUCCCAAGUCAAAUACCCAACCUUGUUUGAUACGCUCAAGAACCGCAAUGCCAGCUGGGCCGGAAAAGACAUCUCUGCUCUCGUUGAACGCGCCAACGCUACCGAGUACGCCGACUGCCUCGCCGACAUUAUUCAAGUCGGAUAUGUCGACAGCAUGACCAUUGGCUGCUUCAUCUCCAACAUGGUCCUCUACGUCUCUCUCAUCUUCAUCCUCGGUGCCGUUCUCAUCAAGUUUUUCAUGGCUGUCACCUUUGGCUGGUUUUUGAGCUGGAGGUUGGGCAACUUAUAUGGGAUAAAGUAUCAGGACCGGAUACAGAGGGCGAAAGAGAUUGAGAGCUGGACAGAGGACAUGCCGACUCAUGCUCCCGAGCACUUGAUGCCGGAUGCUCCCGUCGAAGGGAAGCAACCCCAGAAGAAGGUCGAAAAGAGGCGCUUGCUAGCCCUCCCCACAAAGUCGCGCUUCAGUCAGUACAGCAUGCCCCGAGGCAAUUUGCCCAGUCGCCCUUCUACGAUGAUGAGCCAACGCCAGUCAUUCUACUCUGCUGCUUCCAGACCUGUCACGGCUUCCGACCUUGCCGGAGUGGUAGUGGGUGGAUCUCACAAGGUCUCUGGUUCCCAGCCGUCGAGCCCCAUCGUCGCCUCGAGCACCCCGAGCGCAGCAGGUUUCGGUAAUGACCCCAACGACUCUUCUCUAAAGGUCCCUUCCGGCGCUACUCUGCGUGAAUCCACAAGUUUCGCCUCCCUCAUGUCCAACCCCGAUGCCCGUCUCCCUUUGUCUCCCCAUGUCAUCGCCCAGCCCGAGGCAGACGAUGAACCGUACGGAUACCCCCUUAUCCACUCCAUCUGCCUUGUGACGGCGUACUCGGAGAGUAUCGACGGUUUGCGACAGACGCUCGACUCGCUUGCCACCACCGACUAUCCCAACUCGCACAAGGUGAUCUUGGUCAUUGCAGAUGGCAUGGUCAGAGGGUCAAAGUCGGACAAGGAAAAGGCGGCAGACGAGGCGGCUGGGAUCCCGGAACAAGAGGUCGACUAUACUCCCAAUCUCGUCUUGAGCAUGAUGAAGGAUCUUGUCCAGCCUGCCGACGAGGUUGUGGCUCAAUCUUGCGUGGCCAUCGCAGACGGGCAAAAGCAGCACAAUUUGUGCAAGGUCUUUUCGGGAUUUUACGACUAUGGCGCGGAUUCGCAGGUCGAGGAUACCAAGCAACAGCGCGUGCCCAUGGUCCUUGUUGUCAAAGUCGGUAACCCCUCCGAGGCUGGUACGAGCAAGGCCGGCAAUCGAGGCAAGCGCGACUCUCAGGUGCUUCUCAUGAAGUUUCUGCAGCGAGUCAUGUUCCACGAGCGCAUGACGGCUUUUGAGUAUGAGUUCUUCAACUCGCUCUGGCGUGUCACGGGAGUGACUCCAGACAUGUACGAGACGGCUCUGUGUGUGGAUGCGGAUACGGUCGUCUUUCCGGAUUCCUUGCAGAGGAUGAAUGCGUGCAUGGUCAACGACCUCAACAUUAUGGGAUUGUGUGGAGAGACCAAGAUUGCCAACAAGGCCGAGACGUGGGUGACCAUGAUUCAAGUCUUCGAAUACUACAUCUCGCACCACCUCACAAAAGCGUUCGAAUCGGUAUUCGGCGGCGUCACCUGUCUCCCUGGAUGCUUCUCGAUGUAUCGGAUCAAGACGCCAAAGGGCGAUGAAGGAUACUGGGUCCCCGUCCUCGCCAACCCGGACAUCUGCGAACACUAUUCCGAAAACGUCGUCAACACUCUGCACAAGAAGAACCUCCUGCUUUUGGGCGAAGACCGCUACCUCUCAACUCUCAUGCUCAAGACCUUUCCGAAGCGCAAGAUGAUCUUUUGCCCCCAGGCAGUCUGCAAGACCCAAGUCCCUGCCGAAUUCGGAGUCCUCCUCUCGCAGCGCCGCCGCUGGAUCAACUCUACCGUCCACAACCUGUUUGAACUGGCGCAGGUGCGCGAUCUCUGUGGAACCUUUUGCUUCUCGAUGCAAUUCGUCGUGUUUAUGGAUUUGGUGGGUACUUUGGUGCUCCCAGCCGCCAUCAGCUUUACCAUGUACAUCAUCAUCGUCUCGAUCAUUCCCCAGGACAAGACCGGUAUUCCCCGCCCUAUCAUCUCUCUCGUCCUGCUCGCCUUUAUCCUCGGUCUCCCCGGUCUCCUCAUCGUCAUCACAUCUCGCAAAGUAGCCUACGUCGGCUGGAUGCUCCUCUAUCUGCUCUCUCUCCCGAUCUGGAACCUUGUCCUUCCUGCGUAUGCCUACUGGCACAUGGACGACUUUUCGUGGGGCGCGACGCGAGUGGUAGCGGGCGAAGGGAAGGGGGAUGACAAGCAUGGAGAGAAGGAAGGAGAGUUUGAUGCUAGCGUGAUUGUGAUGAAAAAGUGGGAAGAGUUUGAAGCGGAUAGGCGGUGGGCUGUGCUGGAAGAGGCAAAGUUGGCGUCACUAUCGUUGCCAGUAUCACCUGUUGGCAGUAGCCGGAGUGGGCAUCAGCCGUUUGAUCCGAGUAGAGAUUUGCUGAAUAUAGGGCGACUUGGGGAAGGAAUUGUAUGA